AUGGGAAUGCCGCACUCACUCUGUCUUUCCCUCCGUUCCACACUGAGUGGGCAGGAGGACGCGGUGCUGCUGCGCCACGCGCUGCAGUGUGGCACGAAGCAGUGGGGCGAGCUGGAGAGGAGCGGUCAGCUCAAGAGGAACAACAAGUCGUGCUGUAACUGUUACAUCUUCCUCCGAAGCCAGGCAUUGCUCUGUCAGGAUCUCAAGCAGCAGCAGUCGGAGCAUUCGGAGGGCGUGGGAGCAGCAGCCCUGGCGUUCGGAGGGCUGUCGUAUGAGGAGUGCGUGAUGGCGUUCUUCGCCCCCCAUGCACCGUUGCCAACAACAAUGCUCCCCAAACUCGCUGCUCUGUCUGGCUCCGCUCCCUGCAUUGGGGAUGGUUCCACACUGCAGCAUGUGGAGUGGCCGCGCGUUGGAUCGGAGAGUGCCCUUUUAGACGACAUGCUCCUGAGACUAUGCUGCGAGGACCCUGCCUCCGCACAACGUGCUGCUCUCUCUGCUCCUCCGCCGACGCAGCCACGCGCACCCGCUGCUCUUUGUGCCUCCACUCUCGGCAGCACGAGCAGCUGCAUUUCAGCGGUGCUUGCGGGGAGUACGUGUGGCACAGAGGAGCAGGAAUACGUUGAUGCAUGCAUUGACGCGCUCUGGAACGGAAGCAACACGGACAACAAUAGCAACGGCGCUGACAACAACAGCAACGGCGCUAACAACAGCAACGACGCUGACAACAACAGCAACGGCACUAACAACGGGGGCAUUGACAACCAUAGUGACAGGGACAUGGGUGCUCUCUUUCUCAACAUUCCUGUUGUUCAUGUGCUGCUGAGUGGGAGUGCCCUCACCAUGCCCUUGCCCAGUGGGCCUCAAUCUCAGGGGCCUGCACCCCCUUGUGCUGCCGGGACAGUCGUGUCAGGGUGGGCGGUGGAGUAG